AUGGUUUUCACGAAUUGCACCUGUUUGAGUGAAGAUCCCGACGAGAUGUUAUCGCGCCUGAAAUGUGGUUUGGGUAAGAGCCUUAAAAGACCUACCUUCAACAUUGAGUUGGAAUUCCAAAAGCCGGUGGUCAAGUUCUUUGUGAAUAUGAGAAUUGUUUUACCUCGACGUCAGGGCGGUGAUUUCACUUUAUUCAAUCUGUCUGGAAUCGAUGGCUGCAGUCUGCUGUCCAAUAAAAACCAGAUCGCCUUCAUCCAACUGGGUCGCAAACACAUGGACCGAUUUAGCAACGUUCCCAAGCAAUGUCCUUGGCCCAAGGAUGUGUCCUACUACAUCCGUGGCUUCCGUGCGGAUAUGGCUGCCAUGCCGGCCUUUAAUUUCGAGUCGGACAUGAAUCUGUGGUUCGACUUCGUGGUAAAUCACCAUAAGCUGAUCCGCGGUUUUAUCCAGAGCAGGGUUCAGCAAAGAAGGAGUCACAAAAACGGUGCUGGCAAGGAGUAA